UCCCAUGAUGAUUUCAAGUUAGCAGAGCUCAAAAUAUUCUGCAACUUAUUUUUAUUUUUAUUUUCAUUUUUAUUAUUAUUAUUUUUGGUUUUAAGAAAAGGCUAACCUUCUGACUUUCCAAAGAAGAGUCUAGUAAUACCAAUGGAUGGAAUUUUCGCUUCCAUCAUUCUCUCUUUGCUUACUAUAUUUUCAUUUAUGUUCUUUCCAAAACCAAAAAGAAGAAGACCUCAAAACCAGACAAGAGCACAGCUCCCUCCAGGUUCAAUGGGAUGGCCUUACAUAGGAGAAACUCUCCAACUCUACUCCCAAGACCCAAAUGUCUACUUUUCCACCAAACACAAAAGGUAUGGUGAGAUAUUUAAGACCAACAUCCUGGGUUGUCCCUGUGUGAUGCUGACCAGCCCCGAGGCUGCACGCUUUGUGUUAGUGACUCAAGCUCACUUGUUCAAACCAACAUACCCCAAAAGCAAGGAGCGUUUGAUCGGUCCUUUUGCCCUGUUUUUCCACCAAGGAGAAUACCACACGCGUUUGAGGAAGCUUGUUCAGAGGUCACUGUCCCUUGAGGCACUUCGCAACUUGGUGCCUCACAUUGAAGCCUUAGCCUUAUCUGCCAUGAAAUCUUGGGGUGACGGCCAACUCAUUAACACGUUUAAGGAAAUGAAAAGAUUUUCUUUUGAAGUUGGAAUUCUUACAACUUUUGGCCAUCUAGAGCCACGUUUGAGGGAAGAGCUAAAGAAGAAUUACCGGAUUGUGGACGCAGGUUACAAUUCCUUCCCAACGUGCAUCCCAGGAACUCAAUAUAAAAAGGCAUUGUUGGCUAGAAAGAGACUUGGGAAGAUUAUAAGUGACAUAAUUUGUGAGAGGAAGGAGAAGAAGUUGGUUGAAAGAGAUCUCUUGAGCUGCUUACUGAAUUGGAAAGGAGAAGGGGGAGAAGUGUUAUCUAAUGACCAAAUUGCAGAUAACAUUAUUGGGGUGCUUUUCGCUGCUCAAGAUACCACAGCUAGUGGCAUGACAUGGGUUAUCAAGUACCUGCAUGAUGAACCGAAACUUCUGGAGUCUGUAAAGGCUGAGCAGAAGGCAAUUCACAAGUCUAAUGAAGGUAACCUACCACUGAGUUGGGAUCAGACCAGGAACAUGCGAAUUACUCACAAGGUUGUGUUAGAGAGCUUGAGAAUGGCAAGCAUUAUAUCAUUCCCUUUCAGAGAAGCAAUAGCUGAUGUGGAGUACAAGGGGUUCCUAAUACCAAAAGGGUGGAAAGCGAUGCCUCUGUUCAGAAACAUUCAUCGCAAUCCAGAAUUUUUUCCAGAGCCUCAAAAAUUCAACCCUUCAAGGUUUGAGGUCGCACCAAAGCCCAAUACUUUCAUGCCAUUUGGUAGUGGAGUACAUGCCUGCCCCGGCAAUGAGCUUGCUAAGUUGGAGACACUGAUUAUGAUCCAUCAUUUGGUCACCAAGUUUAGGUGGGAAGUGGUAGGAUCCAAGUGUGGGAUUCAGUAUGGCCCAUUCCCCUUGCCACUGAAUGGACUCCCAGCUAGAUGUUGGAGAGAAUCUACCAACUAGAAAAGCAACAUGGGAAGAAGAAAUGCAUGGUAUCAACGUAGCUGAGAAGCAAUCCACUUUCCAAUGUCACCAAAAAAAAAAAAAACUUUUAUCUUUUUCUUUUUCUAUUUUGAUUCUGUAAUUUUAUUUUAUUUUAUUUUUAUAUUUUUCCUUGGUGGGGGCACUUCAUUACUUGCUCCUCUAUCCUUAAUCCUUUUCCACCCCACAAAGAAAGAAGGGAAACUCCUCUACACGGGGUGGUGCUUUAUUUUUCUAUUCAAGCGUGAGUUUAGAUUAUCUUUUUCAGUCAAGGAAUUUUCCUCUCUUCCUC